AUGGAGGACGAAAGAUUGACUGGUAUACCUCGAGUGCGGUCGAUGAUGCGAAGAUGCUGCAGCUACAAUGCUAAGAUACUGUGGUUCGCGUCGCCAACCCAGGUUGGCAAGGCCGAUAUUCACGCACCAAACGCGUGGGUGAGAGAGCUGUUGAACGUGAACGGCGCGAAUGAAGCCAUCACGACUGCCUCCAGACAGGGACAAGCGAUGUCUUGCGAUGGCGAUGGCAUGAAUCCAAAGCAAAAAGGGACGGUCAGGCCAUUUCAUUUCAACUCCCGUGAGUCUGUUCUCCAACAGUUACCAUGGCACCUGAUUGCCGUACCCCAGGUCAUGUUUGCUUCAAGAUACGCAUGUCGAUCAUGCUAA